UCGCAUAAACAGCUUGAGCCUCGCCCUCAGGUGACGCUCCGAACCUGCUUCCGAACAUAAACAGCUCCGAACCUGCUUCCCACUUUCCAAACAGCCCGUCCCCAAGCUGGCAUUGAUCGGGCACUCUGCCUCGCCCCUCCCCCCCCCCCCCCCCCACACACACACACACACACACACACACACACACACACACACACACGCACACAUCGCAGUCUCCCAUUCCGCUCGCUGCUGCUGGCACCCGAACCCUCUGAGAGCUUCCGCUGCUUCCCACUUGAAUGCAGAUCGACCAUAAGUGGCAUCGCCAGUGCUUGUCAUGUCGUGCCAGGAGCCAGUGAGACCAGCUGAUGGACAGGAAAACCCCACCUGCAGUUCCUGCCCUCUGCCCACCGAGAAAAAUGAGCCGCUGCCCAGCGUGGGGCCCGUCUACCACAACAUGGUCUACCCAGACUUCUUCCCGACCACCCACCUCCCGCCCGGCAGCUACCUCUCAGCCGGCUACCCCCCUGGUCUUGAGGAAGAGGAGGAGGAACUCAGGGUGAAGAGGAAGCUUCGCACCCUGGGGUAUUGCCAGGGAGCCUCUGGAAUAGGAAGCAUCACGCUCGGAAUCCUGGUGGUGCUGGCAUCGCGGUGGUACAUCAGUUUUGUCAUCAUGCUGGGGACCCCCUGGUGGACCGGCCUGUUUGCCGCAGUUUCGGGAAUCAUGGCCCUGGGAGUCCGGAAUUCCCCGCACAACUCCGUGACUAUUGGCUGCCUGGUGAUGAAUGUUAUCAAUGGGAUCGCCUGUAUCCCAGCCACCAUCCUGUAUGCCCUCAGUGUGGAAUUCUACACCUGCUGGGGCUUCUUCUGCUUCUUAUUCUACUGGGAGUCCCUCAUCGCCCUCAUGAUGAUCACUCUCCUCCUCAACUGUAUCUUCUCCCUCUCUGUCUCUGUCUUUGUGAUUGUCAUUAACUGCAGGAAACUGCGCUGCUGUACAGGCCAUUCGCCUUCGACAAUGAUCGUUGUUCAGGCCGCGCCCCCCGCGCUGGACCGACCGACACAGCCGUGUUCCUCCAGCAGCUACCCACCGGAUGAGCUGCCUCCAGCGUACACGGCCUCCCCAGUACAGGCUGUCUACAACGUCCCCGUCUAGGUCAGUAGCUGCCAGC